AGCCCAGCUAUUACACAUGCUCCACAUGCAAGACCCGUUACACAUCGGCAUGGCGUUUGAUUCAACAUGUACAGCAUUCACACGGUGUUAAAAUUUAUGUUGAGUUGUCUGCCUCUUCGUCUCCACAUUCCAGCUCACUGACGAAUCCUGCGCCAUCGACUUCGCCACUAUCAACUACCCAUCCACAAUCAUCAUCCAUGCCUGUAGUUGUAUCGACGCCGACAAUAACCUCUGCAACAUCAACGACGCAGCAGCCAUCCACCGCAUCUUCUCUAUAUCCGCCCAUCAGUCAUCAAACACAAAAAUCAGAUAAUUCGAGUACAAACGGCAACUUAAGUAGCAAUAGUGGCGGAGGUGGAGCCGGAAGUGGUAGUGGAGCUGGCCCGGUCAUACCAACGGUGGCUUGUAGUGGUCACUCAAAUGCUGUUCAACAGCAGCAACAACAAAUCCAACAACAACUUCAACAGCAUAGGGUAGCUGUAGCUGCCGCCGCUGCAGUUGAGCAGCAUAAGCAACAGCAGCAGCAACAAAGCAAUCUAACAACAGCAAUGCAGAAUGCACAAAAUUUGGCAGUCGCCGCAGCUGCGGGCAUUCGGCACCAUACGCUGUUGCCACCGCCUGAGAUGCAUGCAAAUCCAUUUAACCUUUUGCGAAUGCCUUUACCACCAUCAUUGGGGCAAAACCCUGUAGUUCCUAGUGUCGCACCUCUUUUUUCGCGUCCCCAUCCAGAUCAUUAUAGAAUGGAGCAGCUGGUAUCCGAGCAGUUUAGACAUCAUGGUCUCAAUUUAGCUGCAGCGGCGGUUGCGGCCGCCAAUUCUCUCGGCACGCCACAUUCCGGAGUUUCUCAGUUCAGUCAGGGUACUAAUGCUUCCUCUAGUAAUUCUCUGGAAUCACGGCCGCCUUCGAACAGCAAUAGCCAUCGUGGGUCGGCCCCACCAACACCAUUACCCCCACCACCAAUUAUCAUUCCACAACAGAAUGCCGCAAACCAGGUGGGACCUCAAACUAGCAUGAAUCUUGAGCCCCAGAUGGAUUUUUACUCGCAGCGAUUGCGUCAGCUUGCAGGAACAACAAGUCCUGGGGCUGGAAAUAUUGUUAACUCGAGCUCGCCGAGUCCACGACAAAAGCAAUCGCCACAUUUUGCGAGCCCAUCACCAUCCCAACUACCUCCUACUCCAGUUACAAACAAUACCCGACCACAUUCAUUAACUCCUCCACAUAAGAGUGAUUCAGUGAACCCGGAGAACGAAAAUAUCAACUCUACACCUCGAUCAGCAUCCACGCCACCUUCAAAGCCCAGCCAAGAGAACGCUGCUGUCUUCGCGUGCGCUUAUUGUGAAAAGAAAUUUAGAUUUGAAAAUAACCUGAUUAUACAUCAGAGAACACAUACCGGAGAAAAGCCCUACAAGUGCACAGCCUGUGAAUUUGAAUGCUCGCAUAUCAACAAGCUGAUGAAACAUAUGAGAGUUCAUCGAAGUCCAGAAGAUGGCGCAAGCAAUGCAGGUUCCAUAGAUUCAAACGAUGCAGCUGACUCGGAGGCCGAUGCUGAUGCUGAUCCCGAUGGAGAAGGAGAUGGAGAGGCGGAAAUCGAUGGUGAAGAAGAUAAUAUGGAUGAGGACGGAAUGGAUGAAGAUGAGGAGGACGAGGGCGAGGACGGAGAUGAUAUAGAUUACGAAGCGGAAGAUCUAAGUGUAAGUAACCGAAUCGAUGGAAAAAGUGAAAGCCCAAAAACUACAAGUACCGGGCCAACAUCUCUGGUGGGAGAACUUAUGGAUAAGUUUGGUUUAUCGAAUAUAGCGCAAUACUCCGAGGCCUACAAACAAGCACUACAAGAGUCUGGCAAAUUCAAAUAUUUAACAAAUAAGGAUAGAGACAAUAAUAACUCAAGCAAUUCAGGAAUAUCACAAAUGUCCGACAAAUUAAAUGGUUUCCCUUCUGCGUUACGUCUGCGUGAUGAACUUUCGAAGAACAUUUUCCAGCAGUCACCCCAACCGGAUGGCCCAAGCCAAGUGCCGCUAUUCAAUCCAUUUCAAAACCCUUUUGAGCUGUCGAAGAGAGUCAAAAUGGAUGGCAACGACUGGUGGAAUAUGUCGGCUUUGCAUCGGAAUGACUCACUUUUCGAGAAUCUCAAAAUGAAACCUUUGGGACUUGGCACCGCCAACUCCAUGCUGCACAAUCCCAUGCUUAAAAAGGACAACCGUCAACGCAACGACACUUGCGAAUACUGUGGUAAGGUCUUCAAGAACUGCUCCAAUCUCACUGUACACCGACGUAGCCACACGGGCGAAAAACCAUACAAGUGCGAAUUGUGUUCCUACGCCUGUGCGCAAAGUUCGAAAUUGACGCGUCAUAUGAAGACGCACGGCCGCACCGGUAAGGAUGUUUAUCGUUGCCGUUUCUGUGAUAUGCCCUUUAGCGUGCCGUCAACACUGGAAAAGCACAUGCGCAAAUGUGUGGUCAACCAAGGUAAGGCGGCAGCUGCAGCAGCAAAUGCCGCCAACGCUGUAGCGGCGGCGCAAGCGGCAGCAGCCGCUCAACAUCUCCAAUCACAGUUGCCAACACAAUUAUCACCUGCAAGCUCACUCUCAUCAUUCCCAUCGCAAUUUGUUGGCAUCAGCGGCAGCAACUCUGGCAACAAUAUCUCACUGCCCGGCAGCAUUAGUGGCGAUAACGACACGAGUCUGCCCAAUAGCCUCCCAACACACCACAUCACUCUGAAGGAGGAGGCAUGACUUUUCCCCUCUUGGAUUGGUAACACAAACAGCGGCCCGGAAGGCGCUAUGAAUUACAGUCUACACCAUCAACACCUGCCAACACGCCUGCUACCGCCGCACCUGUCACAGUCGCCGCAUCAGCAUCAGCAUCAACUUUCUUACGAUCCGCGCCUUCAGCAGCAGCAA